AUGGCGAACUGUACGGUGAAAGGAGCGCACAGCAUCCGCGGGACCAACCCUCAAUAUCUGGUGGAGAAGAUCAUUCGGACACGAAUCUAUGAGUCCAGGUACUGGAAGGAAGAGUGCUUUGGACUUACAGCCGAACUUGUCGUGGAUAAAGCCAUGGAGUUGAGAUCUGUCGGUGGCGUCUAUGGUGCAAACGUACAACCAACUCCCUUUCUGUGUCUGACCUUGAAGAUGCUUCAGCUUCAACCCGAGAAGGACAUUAUUGUUGAGUUGAUGAAAAAGGAAGAUUUCAAGUAUGUCCGCUUGUUGGGGGCACUUUACAUGAGGCUGACAGGCUCGGCGACCGAUUGCUACAAGUAUCUGGAGCCUUUGUACAAUGACUAUGGAACAAUCAAGAGGCAGAACCGCAAUGGAGAAUGUGAGCUGAUGCACGUGGAUGAGUUCAUCGAUGAACUGCUGCACAGUGAGAGAGUCUGUGACCUUCUUCUUCCCCGGCUACAGAAACGCCGUGUGCUAGAAGAGACUGAGCAGCUGCCACCUCGAGUGAGUGCUCUGGAAGAACCCGUGGCUGAUGGGCAGUCCAGUGAAGAGGAAGAAGACGAGAGGCUGGAAAGAAAGCCCUCACCUGUUCACCCCCGCAGAAGAUACCGAGACCUGGACAAGCCCCCGAGAUCUCCUACACUGCACGACAGGAGGAGGAGGAGGAGGAGGAGGUCACCCAGAAGGCGAAGCUGGUCACCCCAUAGAAGAAGCCACUCCCCCCAUCAAGAAAGGCAUAGGAGCAGGAAUCCCGGAAGUCACCAAAGCAGGUCCCGAGAUCAAAGGCACACAUCCCGCUCCAAAUCUCCAGGUCACUACCGCAGGCUCAGACAUAGGAGCCACUCAACGUCUCCAGAAAGGUCUAAGAGCAAGAGAUGGAAGGAGUAA